AGGCCGUCUCCGGGGCGGGGACCCAGACGUGGAAGGCGCUCAAGUUGCGCGGCCCUUGGCGCGCUGAUGGGGGCGCCCUCCGCGGCGGGCAGCUUGCCAGGGACCGGCCUCCACAGCCGCCGGGCGCUCUAAGGCUACAAUUUCCCUUCGCCCCCUCUAGGCUCCCCCCCAGCCUGGUUUCCUCCCGCGGGGCGGCAGCGGAGAUUUCCUCUCUGGGAAACUGCGCGGAUCCUUCCCGGGACUCCUCGCCCCGCCCCACUUCUCCGCCCCCUCCCCUUUGCUAGGGAGCCGGUACCGGCCUGCGCGGGGAAGAGGCUCUGGCAGCCUGAGCCGGAGGUGGCGGGGGGCGACGGGGCCGCUGGCCACUGACUCGCCUCGCCAUGUGACGCUGCCCUUCGCCGAGGGACCCCCGUCGAGCCCCCGACCCGCGCCCGCGCUGGAUCGCGCCGGGCACCAUGCUUCUGCCGGGCCACGCGCGCCCGCCGCCCGCGCCGCAGCCCGCGCAGCAUCCUGGGCUCCGCAGGCAGGUAGAGCCUCCCGGGCAGCUCCUGCGCCUCUUCUACUGCACUGUCCUGGUCUGUUCCAAAGAGAUCUCAGCGCUCACGGACUUCUCUGGUUACCUAACCAAACUCCUGCAGAACCACACCGCCUAUGCCUGCGAUGGGGACCAUCUGAACCUCCAGUGUCCCCGGCAUUCUACGAUAAGUAUCCAGUCGGCCUUUUACGGGCAGGAUUACCAAAUGUGCAGCACCCAGCCGCCUGCGGCCCAGAGGGAAGACAGCCUAACCUGCGCGGCACCCACGACAUUGCAGAAGGUGCUGGAUGAAUGCCAGAGCCAGCGUGCCUGCCAUCUCCUGGUGAAUAGCCGUGUUUUUGGACCCGACCUUUGUCCAGGAAGCAGUAAAUACCUUCUGGUCUCCUUUAAAUGCCAGCCUAAUGAACUAAAAAACAAAACCGUGUGUGAAGACCAAGAGCUGAAGCUGCACUGUCACCCGUCGAAGUUUCUCAACAUCUACUCUGCAAGCUAUGGCAGGAGGACCCAGGAGCCAGACAUCUGCUCCUCGGAAACAGAGCGGCUCCCCCCAUUUGAUUGCCUGUCUUACUCAGCUUUGCAAGUGUUAUCCAGAAGGUGCUAUGGAAAGCAGAGGUGCAAAGUCAUUGUCAACAACCACCAUUUCGGGAGCCCGUGUCUGCCAGGAGUGCGAAAAUACCUCUCUGUCACCUAUGCCUGUGUUCCCAAGAACAUACUCACAGCGAUCGAUCCAGCCGUAGCUAAUCUGAAACCUUCCUUGAAGCAGAAAGAUGGUGAAUAUGGUAUAAACUUUGACCCAAGCGAACCAAGGGUUCUGAGAAAAGAUGGAGUUAUUGUUAGCAACUCUCUGGCUGCAUUUGCUUACAUUCGAGCCCACCCAGAGAGAGCAGCCCUGCUGUUCGUGUCCAGUGUCUGCAUCGGGCUGGCACUCACGCUGUGCGCCCUGGUCAUCAGGGUGUCCUGCACCAAGGACUUCAGGGAGCUGCAGCUGGUGAGGGAGCACCUCGUGCCAGGAAGUGACAAGGCCGAGGAAGACAGUGAAGAUGAAGAGGAGGAGGAGGGCUCUUCAGGCUCUGAUUUCCCAGGGGAACUGUCUGGGUUUUGUAGGACUUCCUAUCCUGUCUACAGUUCCAUAGAGGCUGCAGAGCUGGCUGAAAGGAUUGAGCGCAGGGAGCAAAUCAUCCAGGAAAUAUGGAUGAACAGUGGUUUGGACACCUCACUCCCAAGAAAUAUGAGCCAGUUCUACUAAAAGAGAGAUGCAUCUUCAUGCGAUCACACUUUCUGAAGAGGGAAGGAUCCAAAAUGCCCCUCCGGUUCUAUUUCACUUGUACCUUCUAUGAAGGAGAAUUUAUCACGUCAUCCAACACCGGUGAAGCCAGAAGCUAUUAAAGGGACAUUUCAGACUGUUUACGGCACAUUCAAAAUAAAUUAGGAGGGAAGUCUUUGUUUUCUUUAUUUA